CACGCAGGCGCGCACAACUGCACCGCUUUACGCUCGAGCGCGCGAUGAAUCCUCAAGGCGUUCUCGCGCUCCUUUAACCGGUGGCGUCGCUGUUCUGUGUGAUCGUUCAGACACGUUUCCGCCUUCCUGCUGCUAAAAAAGCUUCACUUGUCAAAGCCCGGAGCAGGUUGUCUGCUAGAGUGCAGCGUGUUCAGCAGACAGGCUCCGUACACUGAGGUAUAAGAUGACCGGCGUUGGGGAGGAAGCGGUGCGGGCGACAGUGACGUGUAUCGUGACACGCACAACGAUUUUCACGGCUGAAGAUGCGGGGAACUGAGAGCAAAGCUUGAUCUAGAAGAAUUGUACUGCGUUUUUUCUCAUUACGCCGUUAGCAUGUCGGAGCGAGGUGGAGUUCAGAGAGCCGGAGUUGCGUCUCCGCACCUGCAACCUUUCAGAUCCGUCAGUAUUUCAUCAAACCGCCCGGUUCAAAUGAACCUGUUUGCGACCUGGGAAAUCGACCGGUCCUCCCCCAGCUGUGUGCCAAGACUCCUUAGUUUGACGCUUAAAAAACUGGUGAUGUUAAAAGACCUUGACCAAGACCUCACAUCAGUGGUCAUUGCAGUCAAACUUCAGGGAUCAAAGCGAAUUCUGCGCUCUAAUGAAAUCCUACUGCCAUCUCCUGGGCUCACCGAGACAGAUUUACAGCUCACUUUCUCCCUUCAGUAUCCACACUUUUUGAAGAGAGAUGCCAACAGACUGCAAAUCAUGCUCCAGCGAAGGAAAAGGUACAAGAAUCGUACAAUCCUGGGGUACAAGACACUAGCAUUGGGCCUGAUUAACAUGUCAGAGGUGAUGCAGCAUCCCACUGAAGGUGCUCAGGUAUUGCAUCUACAUACUAAAAUAAAGGACAUGGCUGUACUCGUGGCUGAGAUCAGUGUUUACUCCAUGUCCAGUCAACCUAUAGACCCAGAAAGACCAAAGGCCAAGCUGUCUGACCGAUCCCCUGACAUUGAUAACUAUUCUGAAGAGGAGGAAGAGAGCUACUCAUCUGAGCAGGAUGGUAGUGAUGACCCAUUGCAUGGACAGUACCUUUAUGAUGAUGAGGAUGAAGUAAGGAAGAAGAAGCCUCAUCGUAAACUUAUCUCUGGUACUUCCAUUACAAGAGCUAAUCAGCCGAACAUCAAGCAGAAAUUUGUGGCACUGCUGAAAAGGUUCAAAGUUUCUGAUGAGGUGGGAUUUGGCCUGGACAACGUAUCCCAGGAGCAGAUUCGUGAUGUAGAAGAAGACCUGGAUGAGCUUUACAACAGUCUGGAGAUGUACAACCCCAGUGACAGUGGACCAGACAUGGAGGAAACAGACAGUGUCCUCAGCAUGCCCAAGCCCAAACUCCCGCCAUUCUUUGAAGCUAUCUCUCAGUCCAGCUCUCACAAUGAGUUUGGCAGUCUGAGUAGCAGAUGUUCUCUGGGCAGAGAUACACUGAAUCCACAGCAGGCAGAACAGAGCACAUCAAGUAAAAUUCGGCGAUCUAGUAGUGCACACCUGGAUGACGCCUUCUCCGAGAUAGACACAGCGGAGCUGAAUGAGGUGGAGGUUUGGAGCGAUGGAACUCCCAGCAUCACUGUAUCUGUGGCUGAGAGACCACAUACCCCUCAGAGAAGCAGCUGCCAGACCAUGCCUUCCCCAAGGCUUGAUGGUGGUCACACUCCUAAGCAUAAGCGAGGGACUCCCAUGAAAGAGAGGCAGCUUUCUAAACCUCUCAGUGAGCGGACCAACAGCUCAGACAGUGAGCGCUCACCUGAGCUCAGCCUCACUCCACAGAUGCCGAGGAAGAUAGUGUACGACCAGUUGAACCAGAUCUUGGUGUCGGACACGGCUCUGCCCGACAGCCUCAUCCUCAUUAACAGCAGUGACUGGCAAGGACAGUAUGUGGCAGACUCCCUGCAGGUACAGAAGCAUCCUGUGGUGUGUACCUGCUCAGUGUCGGAGAUUCAGGCUGUGCUCUCAGCUCUGCUCACUCGGAUACAGAAAUUCUGUAACUGUAACUCUGUCACACCGAAACCUGUGAAAGUGGUGGCUGUUGGAGGGCACAACUAUCUUGGAGCCAUUUUGCGCUUCUUCGUAUCUCAGCUAGCCAACAAGACAUCUGAUUGGCUGGGGCAUUUGAAGUUUCUGGUGGUUCCACUAGGUUCUCACCCUGUGGCUAAGUACCUUGGCUCCCUCGACAACCGCUACCGCUCAGCUUUCCUCGACAGUGCGUGGCGGGAGUUCUUCAGUCGGACAGAUCAACCUCAACCAGGUCUAUCAUCUGCAGAGGGUGUAGACGUAGCCGGGCGCAUCGGUCAGUAUAUUGAUGGAGCCACGGUCACUUACCAGCUGCCUAUAGCUGAAGCUAUGCUAACCUGCAAACACAAAAUGCAAGAAGAUGAUUCCUGUCAGAAUUUUGUCCCCUUUGUGGGUGUCGUAAAAGUCGGUUUGAUUGAGCCCAUGGCUGGAUUAUCGGUUGGAGACCUCGAAGAAGGAGUUUCUUUGAGUCUGAUAGUUCCUUCGACUUCUCCUCCGGCUCACGCGAUGUCCUCUGGGAUGAUAAAAGAAUCGGCCACUCCUCCACCUUCACCAUCUCUCAGUGGGAGUCCCAGCAUGUCUCACGGAGCUGACGCUAUAGGACUACAGGUGGAUUACUGGGUGGCCGAAAAGCGUAAAGAUGGUGAGAGGAGGGACACCAAGAACACCCUUAAGAGUGCUUUCAGAUCCUUGCAGGUCAGCCGACUUCCCACCUCCUCCAUUAGUGAGCUGCAGCCCAACUCCGGCACCAUGGCCAUGACUGUGGUGACCAAGGAGAAGAACAAGAAAGUCCCUACUAUUUUUCUGGGAAAGAAGCCAAAGGAGAGGGACACGGAGUCCAAGAGCCAGGUGAUCGAAGGGAUCACCAGACUCAUCUGUUCUGCAAAGCAUCAGCAAACAAGCAUUAGAGUGUCUGUUGAUGGGAUGGAGUGGAAUGAUGUAAAGUUUUUCCAGCUGGCAUCCCAGUGGCCCACUCAUGUGAAAUACCUUCCAGUGGGUCUGUUCAGCUGCAGUAAAAUUGCCUCUUAGUGGCAUUUUACCCAAACCAAACCACAGGAGCUGCCACUUCCAUACGAUCUUCCAGGCAAUAUAUAGAGACAAUGGUUUCUUUUUCUUUUCUUUUCUUUUUUCCAACCAUCUCAAAGGAUUUGUUUAGAAAAACAGUUAGAGGGUUCUGAAACUAGGAGUGGAUCUCCCCAAAGGUUAAGAGAGGAUCGUUAAUUCUUUUGUGCUGUACUUUUCUGCUGUGCUGUGCAGUUACCAAUGCAUUAAGCUCCAUAUACUGUAUGGUUGUGCAAUUAUUUGGUCACCUUUAAACAUUAGUGAUUUAAAGAUAUAUUGUUUCCAUUUGUUCUCAAAUUUAGUGAUCAUGCUCUGCAUCUGUGGUUAUUUUAUAUCAAAGUAUACUUGUGUAUAGUUAAUAGGUAAAUCAUUUAAGAGG